AGGAAUCGAACCCCGAUUGCCUGGAUCCCAGGUCAACGCUCAACCGCUGAUCCACGCCCGGCCGGGCAAUAUCAUGAAACUCUUAAAACAUAUGAAAGAACUCACACAGGUGAGAAACCCUAUGAAUGUAAACAAUGGUAAAACUUUCAGAUUUUACAUUUCCUUCCAAAAACACAAAAUAAGCCAUAGUGGAGAAAAGCCCUGCAUAUGUAAGGAAUGUGGAAAGGCCUUGAGUUCUUCAUAUUCGCUUCAAAUCCAUGAAACCAUCCACACUGGAGAGAAAACCUAUCAGUGCAAACAGUGUGCUAAAGCCUUCAGAUAUUAUCAGACGUUUCAGAGACAUGAAAGGAUUCACAAAGGAGAGAAACCCUAUGAGUGUAAAGAAUGUGGAAAAGCUUACACAUCUUGUCAAAGUCUUCAGUCUCAUGAGAGGACUCAUGCAGGAGCCCUUUAUAAAUGUAAACAAUGUGGUAAAGCCUUUAGAUAUCAUAAAAACCUUUUUAAACAUGAAGGGACUCACACGGGAGAGAAACCCUAUGGAUGUAAAAAAUGUAGUAAAGACUUCAGUUCUGUCCACUCUCUUCAAAGACAUGAAAGAACUCAUACUGGAGAAAAACCCUACAAAUGUAAGGAGUGUGGAAAGGUCUUUAGUGCUCUCUCCAGCCUUCAAGUACACAUGAUCACUCACACUGGAGAAGGACCUUAUAAAUGUAAGGAAUGUGAUAAAGCAUUUAUUUCUUCCAGCUCAUUUAGAAUACAUGAAAGAACUCACACUGGAGAGAAACCUUAUGAAUGUAAGGAGUGUGGUAAAGCCUUCAGAGUUUACAUUUCCCUCCAAAAACAUGAAAGAGGUCAUACUGGUGAGAAACAUUAUGUAUGUAAGGAAUGUGGCAAAUCAUUGAGUUCUUUGAGUUCUCUCUGAAUACAUGGAACCAUCCACACUGGAGAGAAAAUCUAUCAGUGUAAACAGUGUGCUAAAGCCUUUAGAUAUUAUCAAAGUUUGAAAGCACAUGAAAGGAAUCACAAAGGAGAAAAACCCUAUAAAUGUAAAGAAUGUGGAAAAGCCUUCACAUGUUAUCAAGGUCUUCAGUCACAUAAAAGGACUCGCCCAGGCGUGAAACCGUAUGAAUGUAAACAAUGUGGUAAAGCUUUCAGUUCUCAUCUGUGUUUCCAAGUUCAUGAAAGAAAUCACAGUGGAGAGAAGCCCUUUGAGUGUAAACAAUGUAGUAAAGCAUUCAUUUCGCACAGUCAUCUCCGAAGACAUGAAAGAAACCACACAGGAGAGAAACCCUAUGUAUGUCAAAAAUGUAGUAAAGCAUUCAGUUCACCCAGUGAUCUUCGAAGACAUGAAACAACUCACACUGGAGAGAAACCCUAUAAAUGUAAACAAUGUGGUAAAGCCUACAGACAUCACAGUUCUUUACAAACACACAGAAGAACUCAUUCUCAGGAUCAACCCUAUGAGUGUAAAGAAUGUGGAAAAGCUUUCAGAUGUUAUUCUAGUUUUUGAAAACGUGAAAGAAAUCACACUGGGGAGAAACCCUAUCAAUGUAAAAAAUGUACUGAAGCAUUCAGGUACCCUAGUGAUCUUAGAAACCAUGAAAAAACUCACAUUCAAGAGAAGCCUUAUGAGUGUAAGGAGUGUGGAAAAGCCUUCAGAGUCCAAAGUUCUUUACAAACACAUGAAAGAACUCACACUGGAGAGAAACCCUAUGAAUGUAAAACAUGUAGUAAAGCAUUCAGGUGUUCCAGUUCUCUUCGAAUACAUGAAAGAACUCACAGUGGAGAGAAACCCUAUGAAUGUAAACAACGUGGUAAAGCCUACACAGAUCACAAAUGCUUCCAAGCACACAAAAGAACUCAUACUGAUGAGAAACCCUAUGAAUGUAAAUAAUGUACUAAAGCAUUUAUUUGUCGCAGUUAUCUUCGAAGAUAUGAAAGAACUCACAUGAAGGGAAAUCCAUAAAGGUAAAGAAUGUAGUAUAGCAUUCAGAUGUCCAGGUUAUCUUAAAAAUCAUGAAAAAUCACACUGAAGAGAACCCCAAUGAAUUUAAAAGAUGUGGUAAAGCCUCCAGAUUAGUUUCUUAAAAACAUUAAAAAAUUCUAUAUUCACAGGGUCUGUCCUAUGUGAGAGAUCCUGUAAAUAUAAGGAAUAUGGUCAAGCUUUCAGUUUUCAUCUAAGUAAUACUGAAGGGAAAUCCUAUAAAUGUAAAGAAAUGUAGUAAAAGAUUUAUGUCCUCCAGUUAUCUCCAAAUACCAUGAAUGGACUCAUAUUUGAGAGAAAUAUGUGACUGUAAAAGUUGUGGUAAAGCUUUUAUUUUUUACACAACCAUUGAAAGACAUGUGAGAAUGGUACACUAUAGAGACACCCUAUAAAUAUAAGGAAUGUAAAAAAGCCUGUAGAUGAUAUUCUAGUUUUGGAAACAUGAAAAAAAUCAUCCCACUUUUCUCUGAAGGCAUGAAAACACUCAUUGGAUAAAACCUCCUGAAUGGCUCGGCCGGGCAUGGCUCAGUGGUUGAGAAUUGACCUAGGAUGCAUGAGAUGGAGGUUCGAUUCC